CCACGUUGAGCUGUUGUAGGAAUUUCAAACCCUCAAAUAUAUUUUCCCCCAAACCAUUUUUUCUGAGGCUCCAUUCUUCUUCUCUUCCAUGCCUUCCGAUCGUGAAAUUGAUCAUUUUGACUUUCUCAGUCAAUGGCCCUCCGCCAUUCCUGUUCUCAAGAGAAUCUAUGAAGUGUUUCUGAGUUUCAGAGGGGAAGACACGCGUGCUUCUUUCACUUCACAUCUCUAUACCGCUCUUCUGAAUGCUGGAAUCAUUGUUUUCAAGGAUGACGAGUCACUUCUAAGGGGAGAUCAGAUUGCACCCUCACUACGGCUAGCAAUUGAGCAGUCUCGAAUUUCUGUUGUUGUUUUCUCGAGAAAUUACGCAGAGUCACGAUGGUGUCUCGAUGAGUUGGAGAAAAUAAUGGAGUGCCACAGAACCAUAGGGCAGGUGGUAGUGCCAGUGUUCUACGAUGUUGAUCCUUCUGAAGUACGUCAUCAAACUGGCGAGUUUGGUAGAACAUUUGAAAAACUUUCCGACCGGAUUUUAAAAGAGAAACAAGAGGUGGUGCCAGGAUGGCAGGACUCAAAGAAGAACAUGUUGAGCAGAUGGAAGGAGCUGCGUUCCACGAUUCGUAGUUCUGAAAGAUGGAAAGAGCUGCUUUGGAAGACUACAGUGCAGAGUUGGAAGGAGGCGCUUCGGGAGGCUGCCUGCAUCUCAGGGGUUGUAGUCCUAAAUUCCAGGAAUGAAAGUGAGGCUAUCAAAAGCAUUGUUGAAAAUGUUACACAUUUGUUAGACAAGAGAGAGUUGUUCGUUGCUGAUAAUCCAGUGGGAGUAGAACCUCGAGUGCAAGAAAUGAUUCAGCUCUUAGACCUAAAAUCAUCAAACCAUGUUCUACUACUAGGGAUGUGGGGGAUGGGAGGCAUUGGUAAAACAACCACUGCAAAAGCCAUCUACAAUAAGAUUGGCCGCAAUUUUGAGGGAAGGAGCUUCCUUGCACAUAUUAGGGAAGUUUGGGGGCAAGACACUGGCAAAAUCUGUUUACAAAAACAAAUAUUGUUUGACAUCUGCAAACAAACAGAAACGAUCCAUAAUGUUGAAUCAGGAAAGUAUUUAUUAAAGCAAAGACUUUGCCAUAAAAGGGUACUUCUUGUACUUGACGAUGUGAGUGAAUUGGAACAAUUGAAUACUUUGUGUGGAAGUCGUGAAUGGUUUGGUCGAGGGAGUAGAAUAAUCAUCACAAGUAGAGAUAAGCAUAUACUUAGAGGAAAAGGAGUUGACAAAGUAUACAUAAUGAAAGGAAUGGAUGAAAGAGAGUCUAUUGAGCUUUUUAGUUGGCAUGCAUUCAAGCAAGAAAGUCUUCCAGAAGAUUUUAUUGAACUUUCUGCAAAUUUAAUUGAAUAUUCUGGGGGAUUACCACUAGCUCUUGAAGUCCUUGGGUGUUAUUUGUUUGAUAUGGAGGUAACAGAAUGGAAGACUGUAUUGCAGAAACUCAAGAGAAUUCCUAAUUGUCAAGUACAAAAGAAGUUAAAAAUAAGUUAUGAUGGUUUAAGUGAUGAUACAGAGAGAGAAAUAUUCCUUGAUAUAGCUUGUUUCUUUAUUGGAAUGGACCGAAAUGAUGUUAUAUGUAUAUUAAAUGGUUGUGGACUUUUCGCUGAACAUGGAAUACGUGUGCUUGUAGAGCGAAGCCUUGUAACUGUUGAUGAUAAGAACAAGCUUGGAAUGCAUGAUUUGCUACGAGACAUGGGAAGAGAAAUCAUUCGAGCAAAAUCACCGAAGGAGCCUGAGGAGCGUAGUAGGCUAUGGUUUCACGAGGAUGUUCUUGAUGUAUUAUCAAAAGAAACUGGAACAAAAGCUGUUGAGGGUUUGACUUUGAUGCUACCAAGAACUAAUACAAAAUGCUUGAGUACUACAGCUUUUAAGAAGAUGAAGAAACUCAGGUUGCUUCAACUUGCUGGUGUUCAACUUGCUGGAGAUUUUAAGAACCUUUCAAGAGAUUUGAGAUGGCUAUGCUGGCAUGGAUUUCCUUUAAAAUGCAUACCGACAGACUUUUAUCAAGGAAGUUUAGUUUCCAUUGAGUUAGAAAACAGCAAUGUCAAGCUUUUGUGGAAAGAAACUCAGUUGAUGGAAAAGUUGAAAAUUCUUAAUCUUAGUCAUUCUAGUAAUUUGACACAGACCCCAGACUUCUCCAACUUACCAAAUCUUGAAAAGCUAAUACUCAUUGAUUGUCCAAGAUUAUCUAAGGUAUCUCAUACUAUUGGACGUCUCAAGGAAGUUGUCAUGAUAAAUUUGAAAGACUGUGUUAGUCUUCGUAACCUUCCAAGAAGCAUAUAUAAGUUGAAAUCUCUGAAAACUCUCAUUCUUUCUGGAUGUUUAAUGAUUGACAAGUUAGAAGAGGACUUGGAGCAGAUGAAGUCUUUGACAACCCUGAUUGCAGAUAAUACUGCAAUAACAAGAGUGCCCUUUUCAUUAGUAAGGUCAAGAAGUAUUGGAUAUAUUUCUCUGUGCGGCCAUGAAGGAUUCUCACGUGAUGUGAUUCCCUCUAUCAUAUGGUCGUGGAUGUCACCAACGAAAAAUCCCUCAUGCCUAGUCCAAUCAUAUGUGGGCAUGUCAUCCCUUGUCUCUUUAAAUAUACCAAAUAGUAGUUCCCAAGAUUUAUCAACUAUUUCCAAAGACCUUCCAAAGCUCAGAAGUCUUUGGGUGGACUGCAGCUCAAAACCUCAACUAUCUCGAGAUACAAGAAUAAUUUUGGAUGCUUUAUAUGCCACAACAAAUUUAGGGGAAUUGGAAUCAACUGCAACUACAUCACAAGUGCCAAAUAUAAAAACGUCUGCGUUAAUUGAAUGCAAUAGUCAAGUGCACUUUUCUGGAUCAAAAAGUUCUUUGAAAUCUCUUUUAAUUCAUAUGGGAAUGAACUGCCAAGGCUCAUAUAUUCUAAAACAAAGAAUUUUACAGAAUAUGACUACUAGUGGGUGUUACUAUGGUUUGCUCCCAGGUGACAAUUAUCCUGAUUGGUUAACCUUUAAUUUUGACGGCUCUUCUGUAACUUUUGAUGUCCCUCGAGUGAAUGGGCGUAACUUGAAAACAAUGAUGUGCAUUAUCCACUGUUUUACUCCUGACAACAUCACAUCAGAUGGCCUUAAAAAUGUGUUGAUAAUAAAUCACACAAAGAACACCAUUCAGCUUUAUAAGAGAGAUACAUUAGUAUCCUUUGAAGAUGAGGAAUGGCAAAUAGUAGUAUCAAAUAUUGAACCUGGUAACAAUGUGGAGGUGAUUGUUGUUUUUGAGAAUCGAUUCAUUGUGAAGAAGACAACAGUUUAUCUGAUUUAUGAUGAACCAAUUGAUAAAAAGUUAGAGUAUUGCCAUGCAUCUGAUAAGAAUGUUAUUGUUUCCAGUGGCGAUGAAAAUAUAUCCACUGUUAGGUGGAUCUCUCUUCAAGAGGAACCCACCAAUGACUUUAAACAAAAACAGAAAAGAAGAAAAAUUGAAUGAAGAUAAAAGAUGGUAAAAUAUAGAUUCUUUUGGAGCCUGCAAACGUUGUAUUGCUGCUUCUGGUUGUGAUCAGGGACAGUUUCAGAGAGUGGAUUAAAAGAUCAUCGAUACUCUGGUUGCUGAAGUGUGGGGUGCUUGGGAAAGAUCUACUUGGUUUCAGAUGAGUCAAACAUGUUCUAGAUUCUGAAGAUCUUAUUUUAUUUUUUAAAGGGGAAAAGAUUCAUUUUGGAUACAAGAAAUCAUAACAAAGGUGUGAUGACAUUUCCAUCAUAUCAGUGAAUUUCCCCUUAAAACAGUAAAGUGCUAAGAUGAAAUGACAGUGGUUUUGAUUUUGCAUUGAAAGGCUAAUAUUGUGGACCAAAUUACUAGGCUGCUACUAAUUAACCAAAUACAUGUGGGUCUUCCCUUUUGCUCUACAUUUCUUCUCUUCCUCCUUUAGGCUGAUGCUCAUUUCCUUUGUUACAGGUAAUUUCAUUUUCUUUUAUUUCAUAUUUAUUGCUUUUUCAGCUCUGGUCACUGUUUUUGUUUCUCUCUUUUAAUUUCUUUUUUCAAAUUGUAAAAUUACUUGUUUGAGAGAAUCUGCUGUUAGAUUUCACUUAGAAUGGUAAAGGUAAUGACAGGAAUACACUUUAGGGAGGGUAGUGAGUGAAAGAUUAGGACUUGGAACUUGGAAGCCUGCCCCUGUCGGGACAGUGCCUUUCAGCUCCUUGCGCCUAUUGGGACAGUUGCUUGUAGCUUCUAUUCUGACUUUCCCCAUCCCGUGGCUUCAAACGGCCGAUGGGAACUUAGAUGAGUCUCGGAACUCAUUUCCCUCAGUCUUAGGACCAAGGGCUUUUUAACCACCGGAUUAAUAAAGCUAGAAGAAAUUUCCAUUAGUUCAAAAUGAAUGCUUAAAGUUUCAGUUGUUAUAAAUUGUGUAGAGAUUACGAAGAACCUAACAUUCCACAUCUUAUGUAACAAUUUUGCUAAUUGCUUCUGCCCCAACAGAUGGAAUGAGACUGGUAUUGAUAUUCUUUGUUGCAACUUGCAAUGGAAUGACAGCUCUUGCUGUCAUUAAUGUUUUUUUAAGUUACAUUUAGGAUUUGUUAGAGGAAGCUUCUUAUCCAGCAAUACUUAUAAUAGAAGAAAAUAAAAAGAAAAUUAAAUAAUUUUUUCCAUAACUUCAAAUUAACUUUUUUCAUCUUUUGGAGAAACUAAUUUAUGUAUAUUAAUUUUACGACAAUCUUUGUAAGGAGAAAUCGUAAAAGGGCAAAGAAUGUUCAAGGCUUGGCAGUUUAA